AAUGAUGCCCAUGACCAUAUACUAAUGCAUCUCAAUUACUGAGAGCUCUGGAGGCAGCAGGAUCCAGCAUCCCCAUUCCUCAUCAGUAACCUCGAGACUUUAGGGCAGAUCUCAAAGGAGCCUAAGAGUCGAUAUUUUUUAGGUUUAAAUUUGCUUCUUCCUGAUCAUAACUUUCUUUCACUUGGUGAGCAGUAAACAAUAUGUCAGGUUGGGAGUCUUAUUACAAAAACGAGGGCGAUGAAGAAGAAGAACAAGAAGAGGGCCUUGAAGCAGGUGGAGAAUAUACAUAUUCGGGAAGAGAUAGUUUGAUUUUUUUGGUUGAUGGUUCUAGGGCCAUGUUUGAAUCUCAGGGUGAAGUUGAACUGACUCCUUUUGACAUGAGCAUCCAGUGUAUCCACAGUGUGUAUACCAAUAAGAUCAUAAGCAGUGAUCAAGAUCUCUUGGCAGUGGUGUUCUAUGGUACUGAGAAGGAUAAAAAUUCAGUGAAUUUCAAAAAUAUUUACGUCUUACAGGAGUUGGAUAAUCCAGGUGCUAAACGAGUGCUUGAGCUUGACCAGUUUAAAGGGGAGCAGGGGAAAAAACAUUUCCAAGACCUGAUUGGCCAUGGAUCUGACUACUCACUAAGUGAAGUGCUGUGGGUCUGUGCCAACCUGUUUAGCGAUGUCCAGGUCAAGAUGAGCCAUAAGAGGAUCAUGCUGUUCACCAAUGAAGAUGACCCCCAUGGCAGUGACAGUGCCAAAGCCAGCCGGGCCAGGACCAAAGCUGGGGAUCUCCGUGACACAGGUAUCUUCCUGGACUUGAUGCACCUGAGGAAACGUGGGGGCUUUGACAUAUCCUUGUUUUACCGAGAUAUCAUCAGCACAGCCGAGGAUGAGGAUCUAGGGGUUCACUUUGAGGAAUCCAGCAAACUGGAAGACCUGUUGAGGAAGGUUCGUGCCAAGGAGACCAGGAAGCGCGUGCUCUGCAGGUUGAAGCUUAAGCUCAGCAAAGAUAUAGCACUCACUGUCGGCAUGUAUAAUAUGGUCCAGAAGGCUGUCAAACCUCCUCCUGUGAGGCUUUAUCGGGAAACCAAUGAACCAGUGAAAUCCAAGACCCGGACGUUUAAUGUAAAUACGGGCAGUUUGCUUCUGCCUAACGACACCAAGAGGUCUCAGAACUAUGGGAGUCGUCAGAUUGUACUAGAGAAAGAGGAAACAGAAGAGCUGAAACGCUUUGAUGAACCAGGUUUGAUUCUCAUCGGUUUCAAGCCCUUGAUAUUGUUGAAGAAGCACCAUUACCUGAGGCCCUCCCUGUUCGUGUACCCCGAAGAGUCCCUGGUGAAUGGGAGCUCAACCCUGUUCAGUGCUCUCCUCACCAAGUGUCUGGAGAAGGAGGUCAUGGCAGUGUGCAGAUACACCCCCCGUCGGAACAUCCCUCCUUAUUUUGUGGCCUUGUUGCCACAGGAAGAGGAGCUAGAUGAGCAGAAAAUUCAGGUGACUCCCCCAGGCUUCCAGCUUGUCUUCUUACCCUACGCUGAUGAUAAACGGAAGGUGCCCUUUACCGAAAAAGUCAUGGCGAACCCAGAGCAGAUAGACAAGAUGAAGGCUAUUGUUCAGAAGCUCCGUUUCAACUACAGAAGUGACAGCUUCGAGAACCCAGUGCUGCAGCAACACUUCAGGAACCUGGAGGCGCUGGCUUUGGACCUCAUGGAGCCCGAGCAAGCGGUGGAUCUGACACAGAUAUCUUGUUCCUGUUGUGUUGGUCUUGGCGAAUGUUCCUGGCCUCCCAGCGAGCCACCACCUCUCCACUGGCUGUCCCGACACCCACAUUCCGUCUUGCCUAAAAUUGAAGCAAUAGAUAAAAGACUGGGCUCCCUGGUGAAUGAGUUUAAGGAGCUUGUCUACCCACCGGAUUAUAAUCCUGAAGGAAAAGUUCCCAAGCGGAAACAAGAUGAUGAAGGUUCUGGCAGCAAAAGGCCCAAGAUGGAGUUAUCUGAAGAGGAUCUGAAGGCCCAUGUGAGCAAGGGCACGCUGGGUAAGCUCACUGUGCCCGUGCUGAAGGAAGCCUGCAGGGUGUACGGGCUGAGGGGUGGGUUGAAGAAGCAGGAGCUGCUGGACACACUCACUAAGCACUUCCAGAACUGACCAGCCGGCCAGCCCCCGCUUCUGCACUCUAGCCAGGCUGCCUGGUUUUAUUCUCAUCAAGUUAAAACAGGUUUCUCCUGAGCCAGGAAGAGUCUGCCUGAUAGAAGCCAAGGACUUUACAUUUAUGAGAUGUUCUGUUGCCGUGGAGACAGCAUAGCCCUCCCACUUUGCUGUGCUUUACUGUCUGAAUAAAGAGCCCUAACUUUG